AUGGGGAGCAGUCACGCGCACGUACAGUAUGGUAAGAGCUAGCUUUUAGAUUUUCCCUCUGAAGAAACUUCGAGCUAUCAGCAGCUGCAGACAACGGCCGAGGGAAGGAGCUACGCCCCUAAAUGGAGUGGGUGAAGCCUCAAACUGUUGGCGCGGUGCCCAUUUUUGGUUGACCUACAUGACCAGGAUCCAGUCUUUCUAACAACGGAUCAGGCACUGCAGGAUGAGUGUAGAACUGCAAGAAUUGAAGGAAAGUUAACACGCUAAUGAAACCGCCUUGAGAGAUGAUGAAUCGCUACACCACCCUGAGACAGCUGGGUGACGGCACCUACGGCAGCGUGCUGAUGGGGAGAAGCAACGAGUCUGGAGAGCUGGUGGCUAUCAAAAGGAUGAAGAGGAAGUUUUAUUCAUGGGAAGAGUGUAUGAACUUAAGAGAGGUGAAGUCUCUGAAGAAGCUGAACCAUGCGAAUGUGGUGAAGCUAAAGGAGGUGAUCAGAGAGAACGAUCACCUCUACUUUGUCUUUGAGUACAUGAAGGAGAACCUCUACCAGCUUAUGAAGGACAGAGAGAAUAAGAUGUUCUCAGAGAACGAAAUUAGGAACAUCCUGUUUCAAGUGAUAUCUGGGUUGGCUUUUGUACAUAAGCAUGGAUUCUUUCACCGGGACAUGAAGCCAGAGAAUCUGCUGUGCAUGGGUCCAGAACUGGUGAAAAUAGCAGAUUUUGGACUAGCCAGAGAGAUCCGCUCCAAACCUCCCUACACAGACUACGUUUCAACCCGAUGGUACCGGGCUCCAGAGGUCCUGCUCAGAUCCUCUACCUACAGCUCUCCUGUUGACCUGUGGGCUGUGGGCUGCAUCAUGGCUGAACUCUACACUCUCAGACCUCUCUUCCCUGGGAACAGUGAAGUGGAUGAGAUAUUUAAGAUCUGCCAAGUUCUAGGCACUGUCAAAAAGACGGAUUGGUCAGAGGGCUACCAAUUAGCUUCUGCUAUGAACUUUCGCUUCCCCCAAUGUGUGCCCACCCACCUAAAGACCCUCAUCCCAAAUGCCAGCAAUGAGGCUAUCACCCUGAUGAGGGAUCUGCUGCAGUGGGACCCCAAGAAAAGACCUACUGCUGUACAGUCCCUGCGUUACCCAUACUUCCAGGUAGGCCAGAUCUUAGGGCCUCGUCCUCUGAGCCAGGAGAUCAAGAAGGUCCAGGCCAGGCCGCUGGCCCAGAGGCAGGUCUCGGAGUGCAAGGCUGAUACCCAGCAGUCAUCCUCUGACUCCAAAGCCUCUACUUCCUCCUCCAAAAACCAUCAUCAGCCUCUUCAGCAGAUCCCCCUUCCCCAAACUGAGAGUAAAGCAGAAGGGCAUGCAAAAGCAUCGCUGUGCACUGAGAACGCUGGGGGAGCUGGGAUGGCGGUGCUGAAGAGCGGCCGGCGUCGCUGGGGCCAGACCAUCGCCAAGAACUCAGACAGCUGGGAGGAAUCGGAACCCUCAGAAACUGCAGUCUCCAACUCCAAGAAACCCAGCCUGGUGGACGCAGAGGAGGAGAGGGGCCCUCAGGAGCAUCGCCCACAGCCCAAGCAGUGCGAGCAGAAGCCUCUGUAUUCCUACAGCACAGUCACUAAGCUACCCAACAAUGUUAAGAUUGGCCAAAUGGACCCCAAUCUCCCAGGAUCUGCUGCCCGACAGCACUACCUGAGCCAGUCACGGUACUUACCAGGGUUGAUUGGCAAGCAUCAUACUUCUUCUGGAGAUAAGGAGUUGAGUGGUUUGACGCUGCGGGACUUGUGGGAGAACUCCUCAAACACUGUAAAUAAACCGCUUGCUCCUAUUGGAGGAGGAUUAUCGGUCACCAGAGCCAAAGCAGAAGACAAUGCCUCUAAAUCUGAGGAUAGCCCAACAGAGAAAACUGUUAAAGAAAGAAUACUGGAGAAGAUUGAUCCCUCCAAAGGGAACUUUGUGAGCGCCAAAUACAACCUCUCUGGCGCUUAUAUCCCUUCAUUCCAGAAGAAAGAGGUGGGCUCAGUGGGGCAGAGGAUCCAGCUCGCUCCUUUGGCGGGUCAGCACACAAUCAAUCCUUCUUCUUCUCCUGAUAACAAAAAAGAGAAAUCAAAAUCUGCAAAGGCCAAGCCUGUGUCCAACUCCUCUUUGAGCGAAAGUAAUGAAGAUUACGAUGGCUGGAAGAGGAGGUCGGACAGGACUCAGAUGAAGGGGAGCAGCUACUCAGCCCUGGGGAAGACUUCUGGGAAUCUCCUCACCCGGGCUCCCCCCGUGCAGCCGGUCCACGGCAGGGUAGACUGGACAUCCAAAUAUGGAGGAACUCGGUAGAACAAGUCGUACAGCUUCGCCUGCUUGUUGGACUUUACUCCCUAGAGUUUUACACACACUGAAACCCUACAGGAAAUGCAGUAUGUUCCCUGAAACAACUAAUAAAGAAAUCGACAGAAGUAGCUGGUGUGGGGGGGGAAGCAGUCACAAAGGAAAGGCUUUCAGGAAACAAUUGCAUAAUUCUGUUUCCAGAGAGCCCAAAAAAUGUUACUGUAAAACAUGUUUUGGAGAUGACGGUUGCCAUGAUGCUGAAGCAAGACUGAUGCUUUCGGCAAGACAGUCCCACUGUACUCCAGUGUGAGCCAAUUCUACGGUUAGUGUUGAGAUACUCUAUGUACAAGUUAAAUAUAGCAUAGCUUUUCAUUUUUAUACUCUAGUUGAUCAUUAUUGUCAAGUAUUGCUUUAAUACUGAUGGAAAAGCACUAACGGUAACUUAUUAACAGCUGCUGCAAUGUUCCUGCUUUACAUUUCACAACAUUAUUCAGUGUAACAUCAGAAACGAUCCCUUCAACUUAUUCUGUGUAACGCAAGACAACUGCACACCUAUUUGUAUUAUGCAAUGAUUGAAUUGAACAUUUUGUAAACAUUUUGUACAAAUAAAUACAUGAAAUGUCAUAA